AUGCCUUCUUCCGCCGUCCAGAACCCCCCACCCCAGGCCGAGUCCAAGUCGGCCAAGAAGAAGAAGGCCAAGGCCGAGCUGCGCACCGAGUCUCCUGCCCCCUCGGCUUCCCCCGCCCCCGUCUCAGUCUCGGGCGAGGAUUCCAGCGAGAGCCCCUACGUCAGAGAGCUCCAGAAGAACAUCCGUAACCUAGCCAAGAAGAUCAGCAAUGCCGCCAAGACGGCCACCCUGAUCGAGCAGCACAAGCCCAAGACUCCCGACGACCUUGUUGCCGCCAAGAUCAUCAACGCCGACCAGAAGAACCAAGCCCUCAAGAAGCCCCAACUCGAGUCACAGCUGGCCCAGCUCGAGGAGCAGGUCGCCCAGUACAAGAAGAUCGAGGAGGAGUACCGCAGUCGUGGUGCCACCGACAAGGCCAAGUUCGAGAAGGACCUCACCGAGAAGCUGGAGAGGGAGAAGGCUGACGCUCUGGUCGCCGCCACCGAGAAGUCUGCUGCCGACAUCAAGCAGUCCCGCCAUGACAACUUCCUGGUUCUCUCCCAGUUCCUGCGACUGGCAGCCGCCCGCAGGUCCGAGGAUGCUGACGCCGGCUUGGAUGAGAACAUGGCCUUGGAGGGCGUCCUGCUGAACGUCUACUCGGGCGAUGAGAACGCGGUGGCCACCAUGAUCAAGCUCGUGGACGGCGCCGACGAGAAGACCCGAAGCGUCAGUGGGGACGAGCUUGAGACGACUUUUGCGCAAGUCAAGGCCGCCAGCGUGGCUCAUGCGGCCACCUUUGCUGCUGUUGAAGCCGAGGCCGUGCCCGAGUCGACCGACGCCGCGCCUGAAUACACCGCAGCUGCCGCUACCGAUCCGACCGUGGCCAACGCUGGUCUGACCGAGAUCGACACUGGUGCAACAUCCAUGACCAAUGGCCACCCCGAGUCCACACCAGCCUCGGGCAUCCCCGCCAGUGCCGAUGUUGGCGACAGCGCCGCCAACGCUGCCGCCGAGUCGCAGUGGGACCAGCCCAGCAAUGAUUUGAGCGCUUCCAUCACCCAGGAAGACUGGGUUAAGGUCCCUCGUGAUCCUGCUGAGACCGACACCGGCUUGGACGCCACCCCGGCUGCUACCGGCCCCGUACAGUCCUGGGCCGACGACCAGCCGGAGAACCCCAUCGAGACUCCCGCAGCACAGGCCGACGAUGGUUUCCAGUCGGUGCAGCGCAACCGACCCCGCGGUCACGGUGAGGGCAGCGGCCACCGUGGUCGUGGACGCGGCGAUUACCGAGGCCGCGGACGUGGUGAGGGCCGGGGACGUGGCCGCGGAGGACAGGGCCGUGGCAACUUCGGCUCGCGCGGUGGAAGACCCCGCAACGGUGAUUCGUAG